AUGGAGACUGCUAGUCCCAGUGACAUACACCUGAGUGAAUGGCAGAAGAAUUUUUUUGCUGUUACCUCUGGCACCUGUACACCAGGACAGAAGGCGGAUGCAUACCGUGGACAGAUUUUACGCAUUCAGUAUGCAUGGGCAAACUCUGAGAUCUCCCAGGUUUGUGCUGCCAGCCUGUUCAAAAGAUACUCAGAAAAAUACUCUGCAAUUAUUGACUCUGACAACACAGAGACUGGCUUGAAUAACUACGCUGAAAACAUUUUGACUUUGGCACAAAGUCAGCAGAAUGACAGUGACAAAUGGCAAUCGGCUUUGACAACAAGCAAUGUGAUGGAAUUGGAGUGUGUGCAAGAGAUGAUGCAGGCUGGCAAAAAGUUUCAGAGGUCUCUGAUGGCACAAGCAGAGAAAGAGGUCAGUGCUUCUGUUUCUUCAGGUCUUCCCAAAGCUGCUCUCUGCUUUGAUGAUGGAGAGUCUGUUCUUGGAGCUAGCUCAUCAAAUUGUGCAAGUCAGGGACCAGAUAUCCUUGUGGGUCCCACUUCUUUGAAAUGUCAUCAGAAUGGCACGGCUUCCUCAACCAAAGUAGCAGUUGCACAUUCUUUUUCAUCUGUACCUGUAAAUGAAGUGUCUGAUGUAGGGUCUCAUGCAACCCCAUUGUUUGGAAAUGGCAAUUCAGCAUGUAAUAGUUCUUUGAAACUUGCGAGUGUUUCUGGUUGGGGGCAGAACUCCUCAUCUUCUGCUCAGUCUGCUUUUCCAACAGGGGUGAACAAUCUGGGGAAAAGGAAAACUUUUUUUGGAUGUAGUGAAGAAAGCAGUAAUGUAGCUUAUGGUUAUAAGUCUUCAGUUAAUAUAGAAGAAAAGGACUUUUCAGGGAAUGGAAGCAAAAACAAUGAGAAUAGAACAUCUGGUUUCAAAACUGCAAAGGAGCAGCUCUGGGUGGAUCAGCAGAAAAAAUACCAAAACCAAUCCCAACGUACAACAGUCUCAUCUUAUGGGGGUACAAAAAAGUCUUUGGGAGCUGGAAGGUCUCGGGGGCCAUUUGGAAAGUUUAUCCCUCCAGUGCCAAAACAAGAUGGAAAUGAAAACUUGGGAGUGCAGCGCAAACCUUCUGGUGCAGAGUCUACAGAGUUGACUUGUCCUACAGAUGAAAGGUUAAAGAAUAUAGAGCCAAAAAUGAUAGAACUUAUCAUGCAUGAGAUUAUGGAUCGUGGGCCUGCAGUCAACUGGGACGAUAUUGCUGGAGUUGAGUUUGCAAAGGCAACUAUCAAGGAAAUAGUAGUGUGGCCUAUGUUGAGGCCUGACAUUUUUGUAGGCUUACGGGGCCCACCGAAAGGGAUUCUUUUGUUUGGUCCCCCGGGAACAGGGAAAACUCUCAUUGGCAAAUGUAUUGCGUGUCAGUCUGGCGCCACAUUUUUUAGCAUCAGUGCUUCUUCGCUGACUUCUAAGUGGGUUGGUGAAGGGGAAAAGAUGGUCCGCGCAUUGUUUGCUGUGGCACGAUGCCAUCAGCCAUCAGUCAUUUUUAUUGAUGAAAUUGAUUCUCUGUUGUCCCAGCGUGGAGAUGGCGAACAUGAAUCUUCUAGAAGAAUAAAAACUGAGUUCUUGGUUCAGCUAGAUGGAGCAACAACUUCUUCUGAAGACCGCAUAUUAGUUGUAGGAGCAACCAACCGUCCACAAGAGAUUGAUGAGGCUGCUAGGAGGCGGCUGGUGAAGAGACUGUACAUCCCACUUCCAGAAGCCUCUGCCAGAAGGCAGAUAGUGUCCUGUCUAAUGUCAAAGGAACACUGUUCCUUAACGGAAGAGGAAGUGGAGCUCAUUGUCAAAAAAUCAGAUGGGUUUUCUGGGGCUGACAUGACUCAGCUUUGUCGAGAGGCUUCUCUAGGUCCCAUUCGUAGCCUCCAGUCUGUUGAUAUUACAACUAUUACACCUGAGCAAGUACGGCCUAUUGUUUUUCAAGAUUUUGAUAAUGCUUUAAAAACUGUGCGCCCUAGUGUCUCCUCCAAAGAUCUGGAAUUGUACGAAACCUGGAAUCAAACAUUUGGUUGUGGAAGAUGA